CAAGUUAAAUAUAAAAUCUUCUUCUUCUUCAUCAUCUCUGAGUGUUGAUUGUAAGCAAAAUGUUCGUGAAUCAGAUAUUAGCUUUUGCUGCAGUUGUGGUAGUGAGCUUGGUGGUAUCAGCUGAAGGCUCUGAGUUUGCGUUCUAUAAACUGAGUCUGAGAUGGCCGACUACUCUCUGUAUCGCUGCACCACAAACCUGUAAGAGUCCGAUACCCGACAUCUUCACCAUCCAUGGCUUAUGGCCAACAUUAAAAGAUGGCACAAAUGUUCCUCCUUAUAAUCCACUUACUAAUAACUGCAAUCCCAAUCCUGCAACUAAUAUUGUGCCUAAGCUGGCAUCCAUUAGACCCAGACUAGAGAAAAAAUGGCCAGCCAUUGCACAGGGCAACACCAACGAGGGCUUCUGGGAAAAAGAAUGGGAAAAUCACGGCAAGUGCUCGGAUUAUCCUCAAGAUCCUUUGACUUAUUUUACUAGCGCCCUGAAUCUUGCCGAGAACAGUAAAUACGAUCCACUCAAAGUUUUGGGAGUAAAACCAUCAGAUACUGCACAUGACAUAGAAACUUUAAUACAAAACGUGAAAAGGAACGUGGGAUUCUAUCCUCAAAUCUCAUGCAGCAUGCCAAUUAAAGGCACGAAGCAAUUAUACCUGAAGGAGAUUCGUUUCUGCUUUACAAGAGGCAAGCCACCUUCUGUACUUCAAAAUUGCCCCGACGAUAUGGAUAAUCUGUGUAGGUCAGUGCAACCACCCCAGCGCACUGUUAAGAUUCCUACACCAAUAACUAUCAAUUCUGCCCACAAUGUUACUUGGGAACUAUUGGCUUCCUCUGCCUAGUGGCCAAGUAUUUGAAAAUUAGUAUGGUAA